AUGUGGGAGCAGAUGAACAAAGGUGGACUAGUAAACGAAUCACUGAAAGCUAGUUUCCAGGUAGAGGCGAUUGGGGAGAGGAGUAAGGUUCUUACGGGAUAUGGUGACGUAGGGAUUAAGAGAAAGGACAGUGCUGAAGCCCAGCUCUGGCAACAUCCUGCAGCCGAACAGGCCACGGAUGAAGGGCCAGAAGCACUUGAAGCAACAGGUGUACCACUGGUCACAGCUGAAGGGGAGACCACCUCCGUAACAUUGCCAAACUUCGCCACUGCCUCACCCCUACUAGACUGUAUGCCAGAGUGCCCUUAUCACAGAGCUCUGGGGUUUGAAUCUGGAGCUAUUGCACCAGACCAGAUAACCUGUUCAAAUCAAGAUCAGUACACAGGUUGGUAUGCCUCUUGGAUGCCAGACAAAGCAAGAAUAUACAACCAGGGGUUUGGCUGUGCAUGGCUUGCCCGAUUUCAAGACAGCAACCAAUGGCUACAGAUUGACCUGAAGCAGAUCAAAGUUAUUUCUGGCGUCAUAACUCAGGGACGUUGCGAUGCGGACGAAUGGAUGACAAAGUACAGUCUGCAGUACCGAUCCUAUGAAAACCUUAAAUGGGUUUACUAUAAAGAUCAGACAGGAAACAAUCGAGUGUUUUACGGGAAUUCAGACAGAUCAUCCUCUGUGCAAAACUUUCUGCGCCCUCCGAUUAUAGCUCAAUACAUCAGGAUGAUCCCCUUGGGCUGGCAUGUCCGUAUUGCAAUGAGGAUUGAGCUACUUGAAUGCAUGAACAAAUGCAAGUCAUAA